UAGCUCCUCCAAAACCAUGCACACCUUUGGCGACCUGCGCCUCUCCUUUUGUUCUCUACAAAGUGGGACUACACAAUACACCUGAUACACAUUCAUUGCCUGUCUCUGCUUCACAUUAAAAUUAACUCCACGCCUCUUUCUUUCUGCACAUUGUUCCUCUUUUGUUUGCUCUGGUGUUCAAAUGGCGUUCUUUGGGAUGGAGUAAAUAUUCUUCCUCUCAGAUGAACUUUUCACUUUGCCUCCUUGCCCAUGCUCUCUUUUUCAUCCUUUUUCCGUCUUCUGGACUUUGAUUCCAGUUUUCCUGGUUUCAGGGGUCUGAGGACUCCCUUAUCCUGUGGUGCCUUUGUCCUUGCAUCCUGUCUGUGCGCUCCAGCUCUCGACCUCCCCUUGUAGCCUUGCUUUCCUUCUGUUCUUGUCAGCACUGUGAAUUACAGUAAACACAGUUUUGUGCGGCCCUUUUAGUCAAAGCAGUUCUUAAUGCUUGAUUCCUUAUUCUCAAUUUCUCAGGGCACGCCCCAAUUUCACCUAAUUUCAACAGCCCUCCAGAAUCCAUGGAUUCCCUUGUUUUCCUCUGCGCCCGCCGCGUCGUCGCCCAGCGCCCUCUUCCCACCCUUCCCUCCCAUCUCUAUCCCGUCCUUUUCCAAGUGGCAUUCCUGGAUGGAAGACCCCUGGUCCUGCGGGAUUUGGUGGCCACUUGGCCUUUCCCAGAGCUCAACCUCUGGCGCCUCCUGGGGCGCCGAAAGCUGCUCCGGGAUCAUUCCUGCACCGACUGUGUCCAGGCCGUGAUCCAGGGUGUGGUGGAUCAGCUCCGGCAGGAGCCGGAUGAGCGCAGCCGCCAUUCCAGCCUGCGUGUCCUGGACAUGACCAGACUCUCGCAUUCCGUGUCUGGCUGCACUCCCACUGGGUUGACCAUCUGGUUCAGCCAGAAUGCUUUGGCGAAGGCUUGCAUGGAGGUGUCCAAGCACCAGCCAGAAUCCCAGAGGCGCGGAUCCAAGUGGCCCAAAGGCUGCUCCGGAGCCGCCACGGCCGCAGCCGCUCCGCAGCCCCCAGGCGUGGACGUCCACACCGACCUUCGUGUCAACGAAAUGUCCUAUGAGAUCCUCUGCAACACCCUCCAGGCCGGAGCCGCCAGCCCGCUGCGCCUCAAGUGCCGCGAAUUGCAAGCAGGUCACGUCUCGGCAUCCGAGAUCGUGACUUUGUUGGAAUCUCUGGAUCCAUGCUGUCUGCAGAUGGUGGAACUGUGGAACACUUGGGGAUUGACUUGGCUCUUGGUGAUCCUUCCUCACCUCUCGCGCUUUCCGGAGCUGCGCAGCCUCAAGCUAAAGUACAUCGAUGUGGACAUGCAGCACCUGACGCCAGAAUCAACCAUGAGAAUCCGUUCCGUGGCCAGGCAGCUGGGAAUGCUGCCCGGCCUUCAGGAGCUCAGCCUGGGAUUUUCUGAGCUCUCUGGGAAUCUGCAGCAGAUCCUCUGCGACCUCCAGACUCCGUUGGAAAGCUUGGAAUUGGGCUACUGCUUCCUCGUUCCCGCCGACCUCACCUUCCUCUCCCAAAGCAUCCACGCUCCGGCCCUCAAAAUGUUGGAUCUGAGCGGCAACAACAUCUCCCAAGGUCUCCUGGAGCCGCUCCGGCUGCUCCUGGAGGAAACCUCGGCCUCGCUGCUGUACCUGGAUCUCGAACAUUGCCAUGUGGCCGACUCCCACCUGGCCGCGCUGCUCCCGACGCUCCUGCGCUGCUCCCGCCUGCGCUUCCUGCGACUCUUUGGCAAUCCCCUGUCCACAGCUGCCAUCAAGGAUCUGCUCCAGAGAACCUUGGAGCUGCCGGAUCUCCACCUGGUUGAGCAUCCUUACCCCAUGGAUUGCUACAAGCCAGUCCUGCCAGACUCCGGUUGGGAUUUUGUACUGGAUGAGGAGCUUUUGGCGGUGACCACUGCAGAGAUUUCCCAGCUGCUGGAGAAUUCUGGGAGAACCGACCUCAUCUUUACUUACCAUUUCUUCGGCUACAGAGACACGGACUACUUCUUUUGAUUUGCGAAAACUUUGGAGGUGGGAAAAGCUUGGAACCUCCAUUGCGAAAAAGCGCCGCUGCCUCCUUUCAGAAAUCCAGGUGUUUUCCGUCUCAUCCUGGUGCUUUUCUGCCUCAUUCCAGUGGCUAGUGGCUUUUUCCUUUCAUUUUGAUGCCUUUCUAUUGACAAUUGAGAUGGGGACUACUGAUUUGUGAUCAGAAUCCAAAUUUUACUGUGAGCUGCAUAUGCUCAUAUACCAUUUUCAGGAAGCCCAGUAAAUUUUUGCUACGUUUAUUGGGUUAAACAUCACACAGAUAAACUUUAUGUUUGGAUAUUUCCUUUCAGUUUGGGGCUUUUCUAUUGAGAAUUGAUAGAGAGAUGGGGACUACUGACUCGUGAUCAGAAUCCGAAUGUUACUGUGAGCUACAUAUGCUCAUAUACCAUUUUCAGGAAAGCCAGUCAUUUUUUACUACGUUUAUUGGGUUAAAUUUCACACAAUUAAACUUUACAUUUUUCCUUAGUUAAAUCGUCUUUCCUGUCGCCAGCCUUGAUCCA